UUAUCAAAUGUACGACACGUUCCAAACCGCGUCGGCUUAUCAAGUGGUACCGAGUCAAGAGCUGCUCGUUCACAUCGACAGAUCGAUGAACCCCAGUAAGACAAACGUGUGCACGCGCUGCGGAAAAGCUUACUAUCACGUGCACCACCUGAUGCGGCACGCGAAAUUCGAAUGCGGCAUAAGUCCGAGGUUCCGGUGCUUCUACUGCUCCCAUCGAAGCAAACACAAACACGAUCUCAAGAAGCACAUCGAAAGCAAGCACAAGAGUAAACCGGUGCAUUACUACGUUGAUUGAUACGAUACCUAUAGGUAUUGGCUGAUUUAUGCAAUACUUAAUGUGUACUUGGCCGAAAAUAUCAUUUAACAUUUUGUUGCCCUAAAUUACGAAAAAAGUAAAAUUUAUUUCAAAUAUUAAAAUUUAAGUCGUUAUUUUUUAGCCAUUUUACAAAAAAAA